AUGGCAACCCAUUCCUGCAACUUCAGCAAUUUCGCUGAGCGUUAUCCGUUGUUGAUCCAUCAGCAAGAAUACCCACUACCUUCCAUAACCACCUUCACCCAGCACAAGUUGCUCUUUGAAGAAGGAGAAAUGAUGCUAUUGAGGCGGGUCUCAAACCCGCGAAGUAGAAAUAUCGGAUACUCCGACAGUGGAGCACUUCCGGGCCCGAAGCGGUCUGCCCCGUCGCCCCUAACAGCGGAAAUUAAAAAGGGACCGAGUAGCCUCCAGUUAUAG